CCCUGGCUCCAGGAACCAGCUGCACUGCCGCAGACAUGCCAUCGGAGAAGGAGAGCAGAUCCUGGCGGCGGGAGCGGGACCUUUCACCUUCCCAGUGGGAUUGGGACUGCCCCGCCACACGGCGCCGUCUGGAAGAGCUGUAUUUCCAUGAGCAAGAUCAUAUCAGAGCUGGCUCUGAGGAUGUCCGUAACUUCUGGGCUUUCUUUGAGCGGCUCCGGCGUUUCCAGAGCCGGAGAACCGAAAGCGAGCCAACCCCCAGCUGCCACAACCAGGCAGAGCCCCCCACCAUCGCCCACUGCCUCGACCUGCCCCGCCAGUACGACCCCCGGUACCGCAUCAACCUCUCGGUGCUGAGUGCCGACAUGGAGAGAGCGAUCCGUGGCCGGCGAGGAGACUCCGGCAUUCCCCAGGAACGUCUCUCUGAAUUUCGUGUGGCUUUGCUGCACUACCUGGACUUCACCCAAAAACAAAGCUUCGCCAAACUGGCCAAACUCCAACGGGAACGAGCGGCGCUUCCCAUCUCCCAAUACCGGGACCAGCUCCUGCGUGCUGUGGCUCAAAACCAAGUGGUGGUGAUUGCUGGUGAUACCGGCUGUGGUAAAUCCACGCAGGUGCCUCAGUUCUUGUUGGCGGCUGGUUACAGCCACGUGGCUUGUACCCAACCUCGCCGUAUUGCCUGCAUCUCGCUGGCCAAGCGGGUGGGCUUCGAGAGCCUGCACCAAUACGGAAACCAGGUAGGCUACCAGAUCCGCUUUGAGAGCACCCGCUCGCCCGCCACCAAGAUUGUCUUCCUGACGGAAGGGCUGCUGCUGCGGCAGGUACAGCGGGAGCCGACGCUGCCUGGGUAUCACGUCCUGAUUGCUGACGAGGUUCACGAGCGGCACCUGCACAGCGAUUUCCUCCUGGGGGUCCUGCGGCGGCUGCUUCCUGCUCGGCCGGACCUUAAGUUGGUGCUGAUGUCGGCGACCAUCAAUAUCCGUCUUUUUUCGGGGUAUUUUGGGAGUGCCCCAGUGCUGCAGGUGCCAGGAAGGAUUUUCCCUAUCUCGGUCAUCUACCAACCCAUCCCUAAGGAAGAAGCAUCCGUGGUUGGGAAAUUGGGGAAAUCGGAGCGCCUGGAUCCCCUCCCGUACUUGCGGGUGCUGCAAGCCAUUGACCACAAGUACCCACCGGAGGAACGCGGGGACCUGCUGGUGUUCCUGAGUGGGGUAGCCGAGAUCGGCGCAGUGCUGGAGGCAGCGCAGGCUUACGCUGCGCAUACCCAGCGUUGGAUUGUGCUCCCCCUGCACAGCACCCUCUCUGUUGCAGAGCAGGACAAGGUGUUUGAUGUGCCUCCUCCUGGUGUCCGUAAGUGCAUCCUCUCUACCAACAUUGCAGAGACCUCAGUGACGAUCGAUGGUGUGCGCUUUGUCCUGGAUUCUGGGAAGGUGAAGGAGAUGAGCUACGACCCUCAGGGCAAACUUCAGCGGCUGCAGGAGUUUUGGAUCAGCCGGGCAAGCGCCGAGCAGCGGAAGGGACGUGCUGGCAGGACAGGCCCUGGCGUCUGCUACCGGCUCUACGCUGAAUCUGACUAUGAUGCCUUUUCCCCCUACCCCGUGCCGGAGAUUCAGCGGGUAGCGCUUGAUGCUCUGGUGCUCCAGUUAAAGAGCAUGGGAUUGGGUGACCCCCGGACCUUUCCGUUCCUGGAGCCUCCUCCGUCAUCCAGCCUGGAGAUGGCUGUGCGAUACUUGAAGGACCAGGGAGCCCUGGACGAGGCUGAAGACCUGACGCCCAUCGGGAAUCUGCUGGCCCAGCUUCCCGUCGACGUGGUGGUCGGCAAGAUGCUGGUCCUGGGUGCUCUGUUUGGACUGGCCGAGCCCACCCUAACUGUGGCAGCUGCGCUGAGCGUGCAGUCCCCUUUCCUGCGACCUGCUCACCCCAAUCCCGACUGCGCCACGGCCCGACGGCCCCUCGAGAGCCCCCACGGUGACCCCCUGACGCUGCUCAAUGUCUUCAAUGAGUGGGUCCAGGUGAAAUCGGAACGAAGCGGUAGCUCUCGGAAAUGGUGCCGGCGGCGAGGCUUGGAGGAGCAUCGACUUUACGAGGCUGCCAACCUGCGACGCCAGUUUCAGGAGCUUCUUCGAGACCACCAGCUGCUGGAGGAAGCCUCCAGCCAGCCCAGUGACAGCUACAGCCGGCAGAGCCGACACUGGGAACGCCGUGAGCUGCACCGGCUGUGGCGUUCCCACGCGGAGACGGAAGGUCGGAAGCGCAAGGUGCUGCGGCUGCAUGACGGAGCAGAUGCCUCCUCCGGCGAGGAGGAGGGCAGUGGCACCUGUGGGAAAGGAGAGCGCAGCAUCGAUAUCCAGGAUAUCAAGUUUAAGCUCCGCCACAACGUGGACGAGCUCCAGGCUGUAUCCAGCUCAGUCCUCUCCUCCUCGCAGCUCGCCCUCCUGAAGCUGGUGCUGUGCAGGGGGCUUUACCCCCAGCUGGCCGUGCCUGACCAGCUCAACAGCAGCCGCAAGGACUCCGAUCAGAUUUUUCACACCAAGAACAAGCAGGGUGUUGUGCUUCAUCCUACCUGCAUCUUCGCUACCAGCCCGGAGUUGCUCCACGCCAAGGAGGGACCGGAGCGUGGUGGGACCAAAGACCCCACGGAGGGGCUGAGCCGCCACCACCAGCUCCUUGCCUUUGUCUCGCUGCUGGAGACCAACAAACCCUACCUGGUGAACUGCGUCCGCGUACCAGCCCUACAAGCUCUCUUGCUCUUCUCCCGUUCGCUGGACACCAGCGCGGACUGUGCCCGGCUGGUAGCAGAUGGAUGGCUGGAGAUCACCGUCCCCGAUGCAGACUCUGCCCUACGCCUGCUCUCCACAGCUCUGCAGCUUCGUUCCGCCUGGGAAAAACUCCUCCAUCAGCUGCUGGAAGGUCGGGGAGAGGAGUCGGGCCGCCGGCCGAGGUCCCGGGACAUAUCCGUGCUCAGCCGGGGGUUGCUGGAGUUCCUGCAGAUGGAGGUGCCGUACCGCCUGCGCCAGCUCACCGGGCUGGAGAAACAGAACCUCUACAUCGGUCCCCAAACUGUGGCUGCUGCUCCCCAGCUCCCAGGGCUUUUCCAGGGGAUGGAGAUGAAGCCCGACGAGGUGAAAGGCGGCCACAGGGUGACGGACUUUCUCACCUACAACUGCUUGGCUCCCCCCCGGAAGAAACGGCCGAAGCCUCGUCCAAAACCUCUGCCCUCCACAGAUCCUACCACUGCGACGUUUGCCAGCAGGAUUUUACCUUCACCCCCACAGAGAUCCUUCGGCACAAGAAGCAGCACCGGUGACUGGGUGCUCACUGGGGUGCUCCCACUGGCUGGUGGUGGAGAUGAUGCUGGGGUCCUCCCCAAUCCCCGGGGAGACACAGAAGACCCCGUAAUGGGGGGAAAGUCCCCCUACACUGCUACCUCCGUUACUCUUGGGCUGAAUUUCUGAGCUUUGAUUCCCACCAACAGGCCCUUGUGCAUUGCCUUUACUGGAUAAAAACAAGCCGAUAAUAUCGAGACAGCUAUUUCUUUGGGAGACAACAACGCUGCAUCAAACCCUCUCUUACAACUCCUUUAAUUAGUGAUGGAAAAAGUUGGGCAAUCUAGAAAAAAAAUCCCAGGGGCUGAGCACUCCCAAGGAAAGCUUAACGCUUAAAUGGAAAAAAAAUUAAUAGGCAGAUGAAGUUUUUUUCCUUUACAAAUGAGGGCUUCUUCCCAGCAACGGCAAGCAGAGAGGGUUUUUUUAUUUUAUUUAAUCUCAAUUUGCACACACCGAGCAAUUACCAGCCACCCUCUUCAACCCAAGUGAAUGACCUCAUUUGUUCUUUGCAAUGUUGUUGUUGUUGUUGUUAUUAUUAUUAUUAUUAUUAUUAUUACUAUUUUCCUGGAGGUUGAGGCAAAUGCGUUAGCCUCUAAUUGAAACCAACUGCGUGUUGUUUGGAAAUAAUUAAUUUAAUUGUUUGAAAGGUCAAGUGAGAAGCGGAGGGGAAUGUCUGUACCUAUUAAAAAUUAGUUUGGAGCAGAUAGGAGGAUGCAGGAGCUUGUCCCCAUGCUUCAGCUCCAAGCCAGCAAACCUUAUCCCAUCCCACUCCUCCCUCGUCACAUUUUUGGGGCUCUGGAGCAUCCAAUUUAUCUGCAGGAAUCUGUCUUCUCUUCUCCAGCCUUAAAAUUCAGAGCUGACAGCCAGAUUUAUCAGCAGGAAUCCAUCUUCUCUUCUUCAGCCUUAAAAUUUACAGAUUUAAGAGCAAAAAUUUGCUCCUGCUGCCCUUUAGGUUGUGUACCCUGGAGAAUUAUAUCAAUAAUUAUAGAAUUAAUAACCAAUAACCCAGCGAUGGGUGGAAAUGCUGACUCAGCAUCCUCCCAAGAUUCAUGGUUGGUCCAGAAGCCCGGCAUGGGAUUUCUCCCCCUGGAUACAAUGUGCAUCAGCCUCUGGUGAAAUAUUGAUCCAAAGAUGGAAAAAACGUCUUUCAGCUGAAUUCUGCCAACUUUGUGCUGGUAAUGAACUGGAAGCAGGGAUAUAUAUAUGUAUAUUUUUAAAUGAGAUCUAAAAAAUUUCCAGGAGAAAAGGGAUCUAAGUCAUUUGCCCGUGGAAGAUGCUGUCAAUAGGAAACUUGUUUGCUUCUUCCGUGCUCUUAUGUGAUACUUUAAAAUUAUAAGGUGUGAGAUGCAACUAUAAGGGAAGGACAGAAGGCAUAUAAAUGUUAACGUCAGUCCUGGGACUGCUUGACAUCACUGCUGUAGCAAAGAGGGGGUCCCAAGCCCUCCUCAAAGGAAGCCAGAC